AUGUCCACCGCCGUAUCUUCCCUCGUUUCGUAUGGCAGCGAUUCCGAUUCGGAAAAUGAGUCCCAAUCUGGCACGAGCCCCGAAAAAUCGGACUCUACAGAUCCGGACGCAACGGCUCAUCUUAAACCUUUAAAGUCCGCGCCGACUAUGGCGUUAGCACUUCUGAAUUCUGCUCCCGAAGUCGCCGUGAAGGAGUCUGUUGAGACUGGCGUACAUCUUGACCCUUCCGUGAAAGAAGUCAACUAUAACCCGACAUAUGAAACCAUGUUUGCUCCAGAGUUUGGACCAGAAAACCCCUUCCAAACCCAACAGAUGGCCGCCCCGAGGAACAUGUUAUCUGGCUACGCCGAACCAGCUCACGUCAACGACUUCAUGUUCGAACAACAGAGGAGGACCUUUUCGUCACUUGGUUAUGCUUUAGAUCCGUCUGUAGACACGAACCAAGUAACCGGCAGUAGUUACAUCGGUGCAGUGGACGAGGCGGAGAAAAAUCAAGGAUUGACCGUUUUUGAGAGCGCUUACAAACGGACAGAAAAAAGGAAAAAGGUCAAGGGCGGCGACGCGGGAGAUAUUGAUAAUUACCUUGGACCGUGGGCGAAAUACGUCGACGAGCAAUCUGUGGCAAAACCCACCGAGGACGAGAAGAAAGAGUUGGACGAGUACUUAGCCAAAAGGCAAAAACGGGGGAGGAUUGAAGAGGAAGCUCCGGCGGAAGAGAAGAGCAUUCUUCAUGUUAAAGACAUGUUCGACUACCAGGGCAGGUCCUACCUGCACAUCCCCCAGGACGUGGGCGUUAACCUGCGUUCUACCGAGGCACCAGACAAGUGUUACCUGCCCAAAAAGCAAAUCCAUGUUUGGACCGGCCACACGAAGGGUGUCAGCGCCAUUCGACUGUUUCCACUUUCCGGCCAUCUCUUGCUUUCCAGCUCUAUGGAUUGUAAGAUUAAGUUGUGGGAGGUUUACAAUGAGAGGAGAUGUAUACGAACCUUUAUUGGCCACAGCAAAGCGGUGCGAGACAUUUGCUUCAACAACAGCGGUAAUCGCUUCCUCAGCGCCGCCUACGACCGCUACAUCAAACUCUGGGACUCGGAGACUGGUCAGUGCAUAUCCCGCUUCACCAAUAGGAAGGUUCCUUACUGCGUCAAGUUCAACCCGGAUGAAGAAAAGCAGAAUCUUUUGGUGGCCGGAAUGUCAGAUAAGAAGAUAGUCCAGUGGGACAUCAGGACCGGCGAAGUCGUCCAGGAAUACGACCGCCACUUGGGUGCAGUCAACACCAUCACCUUCGUAGAUGAGAAUCGCCGCUUUGUCAGCACGUCGGAUGACAAGAGUCUUCGCGUUUGGGAGUGGGACAUCCCCGUGGACUUCAAGUACAUCGCCGAGCCCAGCAUGCACUCCAUGCCGGCUGUGACGCUCUCUCCUAACGGUAAGUGGCUUGCGUGCCAGUCCAUGGACAAUCAAAUUCUGAUCUUCGGAGCCCAAAACCGCUUCCGACUGAACAAAAAGAAGAUCUUUAAGGGCCACAUGGUCGCUGGCUACGCCUGCCAGGUAGACUUCUCCCCGGACAUGAGCUACGUUGUGUCAGGCGAUGCCGACGGAAAGCUCAACAUCUGGGACUGGAAGACGACCAGGUUGUACCACAGAAUCAAAGCACACGACAAGGUGUGCAUCAGCGCCCUGUGGCAUCCCCACGAAACCUCCAAAAUCAUCACCUGUGGUUGGGACGGACAAAUUAAACUCUGGGAUUAG